AAAAAAUUGAUAAAUUUAUAAUAUUUAUUUACAAUAAAAAGAUAUUAUUCAUAAAAAGCAACAGUGUAACAAAAAUGUUAUAUCACCGUUAUUCUCGGAUGUUAUUUAAACAAAUUUCUGACUAUAAAACUGUUUAUAAUCCAUUAAAAGUUAAUGAGAUUGUCCGUUAUAAAUUCUAUGAUAAUUACGAAGCUAUUAUUCAUUUCAUAAAGUAUUUACGUAAACGUCAAAUUGACGUUGGAUCUGAAAAAUCAAAAGAUUAUUAUAAAAUUAAAAGAAAAGCACCAGAAGGAACAUUUAUAAGUAAUGAAGCACCAAAUACAUAUGAUUUUUUUACAUUUCGCUUUCGUGAAUGGUGGAAACGUAAAAAAGAUGAUCUUCAAGAACAUAUAGAAAAUGAUCAAUAUCAAAAAUAUGUAAAAUUUGGACCAGAUUUAGCAGCAGCUCUAUUUAUUGUACAAAUGGGUGGUAAAGUAAGGUUCAAAAAUCAUAAUGAAUGGAUAGAUAAAACUAAAAAGGAUGAAAUUUCUAAUUUCUUAAAUAAAUGUUAUGCUAAUUACAUUUUAGAAGAAUUAGAUUUAAAUGGAUAUCCUAUACGAUAUCAACAUCUUCAUUUUAUUUUUAAUCUUCAUUAUUUAAAAUCACUUAACCUCAGAGGUUGUACAUCAAUUAAUGAUUGGUAUUUAGAUAAAUUGUCUGCAGAAUAUCCAAUGUUAGAAAAACUUGAUAUAUCAGAAUGUAAAAAUGUAACGGAAAGAGGAAUAGAAGCAUUAUAUAGAAUGCCUAAUUUAAAAACAUUAAUUGUAACAAACUUUUAUGGAUCUGCAGCAUUUGAUUUAACUUGUUUCAUGUUAGAAGAUGUUAAUCCAUAUUUAACAUGUCAAAUUCAACAAUCAAAAUAUAAACAUUUACCAAGUACUUAAUGUA